UGGAAGAAGCAGAACAGGCGAUAACCUUCAGCAUGGAGCCGUCUGGAGCCGUCACCCUGCUCCUUAUCCUCGGCCUCUCCUGCCUGCUUCUCACCGUAUUUAAAAGGAAGACCUCAGCCAAGGGGAAGCUCCCCCCUGGACCCACCCCCCUGCCCCUGCUCGGGAAUUUCCUGCAAAUCAAGUCCUCUCAGACCUUAAAAUCUCUUCUCAAGCUGUGGGAUAAAUAUGGCCCGGUCUUCACCGUCUACUUUGGAAGCCGUCCGAUUGUGGUCCUGUGCGGACAUGACGCUGUGAAAGAGGCCCUGAUAGACAAGGCAGAGGAAUUUAGUGGGAGGAAAACCAACCCAACCCUGGAGAGGACCUUCCAAGGAUUUGGUGUCAUGUUUUCGAAUGGAGAGCGCUGGAAGCUAUUGCGUCGAUUCACCCUUGCCAUCUUGAAGAAUUUUGGGAUGGGUAAAAAACCUAUUGAAAAGCAAAUCCAGGAAGAGGCCCAGAUCCUGCUGGAGGAAUUUAGGAAGACCAAAGGGCAGCCCUUUGACCCCACGUCCUUCUUGAGCCGGGCCGUCUCCAACGUCAUCUGCUCCAUCAUCUUUGGAAACCGCUUUGACUUUGCCAACAAGCAAUUCCAGACUCUCGUGGAAAUGAUCGGGGUCGCCUUCCAGGAGAUAAGCACAGCUGGGGCUCAGCUCUACGAUAUCUACGUUGACUUUCUGAAGUACUUUCCGGGGCCCCACACCAAAAUAUAUGAUAUGCUGGAAGUGCUGAGGCUGUUUGUUGCCAAGAAAGUGAAGCAGAACCAAGAGACCCUGGACUCCAACUGCCCACGGGACUUCAUUGACUGCUUCCUCCUCCAGAUGGAAAAAGAAAAAGACAACCCAGCCAGUGAAUUCAGCUUGAAGAACCUGGAGCUCACUGUCCUUUCCUUGUUCUUUGGUGGGACAGUGACUGUCAGCUCUACCUUGAGAUCUGGGUUUCUGCUGUUAAUGAAGUAUCCCGAGGUGCAGGCCAAGGUGCAUGAAGAAAUUGAUCGAGUGAUUGGUGAUAGUCGGGCUCCAAACAUUGAAGAUCGGAGCCAAAUGCCAUAUACGAAUGCUGUCAUCCAUGAAAUACAGAGAUUCACCAACCUCCUCCCCAUGAGUGUGGCUCACACCGUUACCCGUGACACAGAGUUCAGAGGCUACAUCAUCCCUAAGGGCACAGAGGUUUACCCCUUACUCCACAGUGUUCUGCACGACCCAACAAAAUUUAAGAACCCCAAUGAAUUUAACCCGGGCCACUUCCUGGAUGAGAAUGGACGCUUUAAAAAGAAUGAUGCAUUUGUGCCAUUUUCCUUAGGGAAACGGAUGUGUCUAGGAGAAUCCUUGGCCCGCAUGGAGCUCUUCCUCUUCUUCACCACCAUCCUGCAGAGCUUCCAGCUGAAGCCCCUCGUGCCCCCCCAGGACAUUGACACGACUCCCCGGGAGAGCGGCUUCGCCAAUAUCCCACCCUCCUACAAACUCUGCACCAUCCCACGCUGAGUGGGGAGAGACCAAAGGCUCUGUCCUGGGUCAUGACACUCUUGUACUUACUGGAUGCUCAGAUCUCCAGCGUGGGACAGAAGACAUUCAGUUUCAUGGCUCCUUCAUUUAUAUCCCCCAAGAUUACACCUUGUUGGAACAGGUGUAUCU